ACUUCACAACUAGUUGACGGGAAAUCUCUUCAGUCUUGGCGCGCUGGCUUCGCGUAAGGGGCCGAUUGUUAUGGCGACUUUCACUGCGACAACUCAAACACACUCUGCGUACUUACUCCGAAUUUAAGUGGAAACAGGACGAAAUCUUCAAGUUUUAGUGUAUACAAGCAGGCAGGAGUGUCUGUAGAGUGAUUUGGUCGAGGAUUCAAGGUAACUUAUAUAAAAUAGCACCAUGCGUGCACUUUGAAAACGUUGUGUAAAAAAUGGCAAAUUUGCGUAACUUUAGGUUGAAAUCUUUACGUAAAAUGAAUGAUAACUGUAGGAUAGUGAAGUCCACAGUUUUACGUAUUAGGAAACAAGAAAUGUACGUUUAGUUAGUGCCUACAUGGCAACUCAGCUCAGUUCCCGCGUCGCCUAACUCGCCUUAGGCACGCAGUCAGCUGGGCACUUCCCCUCUGUAAAGGAUUAUCGCUGUCCUGCCUCUGUUUACUCUCCAAGUAAAGGACCUACAGUUAUUCAUCGUCUCUGUACCCUUCCCCACAACUGCAAGGAUCCAGAGGACGAUACAAGAAGACACAGAAGGCAGUGGAUCGAGUGGAAGUGACGGAGGAGACACAAGAUAUGAGGACGCCGCGAGCCCUACACGGUCGCCGGGCUGAGGCUCCUCGCCAAGACCACGGGCAAGGAGGAUCACAGGGACACGGCCGACGUCCUCGAGAUGUUCCAGAGGAUGAUCUCGGUGAUGAACGUGCGCGGGCAGGGGCAGGACGUGCGCUGGAAUGACAAGUACCGCUGCGUGCUGAGGCCAAGGGCAGGAGGUGACGAGGGCGGGGAAGGAGGCGUCGAGGACCAGGCAGGCCGUUUUGAUGAGCAGUCAGAGGCCAACAUCAAGUUCCUCCAGGAGAUUGGCGAGAUUUGCAAGGUUUGGGCCGGCAAGGAGAAGAAGAAGAGGGGGACAAAGAUCGGCAGGCUGCCGACACCCACCGCCUCGGCUCUGCACAUCACGUGCAAUGCCCUGCCCGCCUCCUGCAGGGACAUCAUCCUCCGCAAGAUCCCCGGGUCGA